CACGGGGCGCGCGCGGGCGCAGGAGCUGAGUGGACGGCUCCAGACGGCGGCGCGUGCGGCAGCUCCCGAGAGCAGGGAGCUGCAGGCUGGGCUGCGUUUCCAGCAGGAGCUGCGAGCUCAGAGCCGGCGCACAGCAAGAUGCUCGCGGUGCCCGCCGUAUUGUGUGUGUGUGCAGCCGCUUGGUGCAGUCAGGCUCUCGCGGCCGCCGCGGCCGUGGCUGCGGCCGGGGGGCGGUCGGACGGCGGUAAUUUUUUGGAUGAUAAACAAUGGCUCACCACAAUCUCUCAGUAUGACAAGGAAGUCGGACAGUGGAACAAAUUCCGAGACGAUGAUUAUUUCCGCACGUGGAGUCCAGGAAAACCCUUCGAUUUAGCUUUAGAUCCAGCAAAAGACCCAUGCUUAAAGACGAAAUGUAGUCGCCACAAAGUAUGCAUUUCUCAAGAUUCUCAGACUGCAGUCUGCAUUAGUCAUCGAAGGCUAACACACAGUAUGAAAGACGCAGGAGUAGGCCACAAGCAGUGGAGAGCCCUUGCAGCCCCCAGCUGCAGCCUGUGCCCCAUGGUCUCCACCAGCCCUGUGUGCGGUUCCGACGGUCACUCCUACUCUUCUCAGUGCAAACUAGAAUACCAGGCGUGUGUCUUAGGAAAACAGAUUUCAGUCAAAUGUGAAGGACGGUGCCCAUGUCCUGCUGAUAAGUCCACAAGUACAAGCAGAAAUGUUAAAAGAGCAUGCAGUGACCUGGAGUUCAGAGAAGUGGCAAACAGAUUACGGGACUGGUUCAAAGCUCUUCACGAAAGUGGAAGCCAAAACAAGAAGACCAAAUCGCUACUGAGGCCUGAAAGAAGCAGAUUUGAUACAAGCAUUUUACCUAUUUGCAAGGAUUCACUGGGUUGGAUGUUUAAUAGACUUGAUACAAACUAUGACCUACUGCUGGACCAGUCAGAGCUUGGAAGCAUUUACCUUGAUAAGAAUGAACAAUGUACCAAGGCAUUCUUCAAUUCUUGUGACACAUACAAGGACAGUUUGAUAUCAAACAAUGAAUGGUGCUACUGCUUCCAGAGACAGCAAGACCCACCUUGCCAGACGGAGCUCAGCAAUAUUCCCAAGCGGCAAGGUGUAAAGAAACUCCUGGGACAAUAUAUUCCCCUGUGUGAUGAAGAUGGCUACUACAAGCCUACACAAUGCCAUGGCAGUAUUGGGCAGUGCUGGUGUGUUGACAGAUACGGAAAUGAAGUAAUAGGAACCAGAAUAAAUGGUGUGGCCACCUGUGCUCUAGAUUUUGAGAUCUCUGGAGAUUUUGCAAGUGGAGACCUCCAUGAAUGGACUGAUGAUGAAGACGAAGCAGAAGACAUCAUGAAUGAUAAAGAAGAAAUUGAAGAUGAUGAUGAAGAGGAAGGGGAUGACGACGACGAUGGUGAUGAACACGAUGGAUACAUUUGAUCACUGAGACCUGAAGUCAAUGAAGCUUACAUUUCUAAUAUUCACAAAGUGAUAGCUUACCGAUAAUUACCUUCCUGCUAUCAAACAAAAUGAUUCUCAACCUGACAUCUAUUUUGUAUAAUUAUUUCAAAUAUUGCAGCUAAAAGUCAUAGAACUUUAUGUUUAAAAAAGAAUAAUUUAUUCUCAAUUUUUAUAUGCCUUAGAGAAAAAGAAAAUACAUAUGGAAGAUAGCCAGACAAAAGAAAGUUGUGAAGAGCUACUACAACAAAUUUUUCAUAAAAACAAACUUAUAAAUGUUCUACAAAGUAACAACCAACAUUGCUUGGGCUGUUACAUUCUGCUUUUAUGAAAGAUACUUUGAGUUAAAUUUAUGGUAACUUACAUGUGACAUGGAACUCAAGAAUUUUACAAAGUUAUGCAUGACUUUAAUCACAGAUCCAAGUAGCGUCUUCCCAAACAUCAGGGUACAUGAGAGAGACACCACAUAGUUUAAACAAAAUGACCAUUGUAGAAUCCUUAUUAAUGAUGUUUUCUGAAUAUGAUAGGAUAUUUUGUAAAGUGACAAGUAUGAAAAAUAAUGGAUACUGAAAGGUAAACCUUAGUUAACCUUUCUAAUUUUUAUUUUAAUCUGAGUGGCAGUCUCAUGUAUAUUUUUGAAUAUUCUGAAAUAGCAUGAUUUCUGUAUUUCUCUAUGCUUCUGACCAGCAAUUAAGGAAUAUGCUUUAAAUUACAAGACAGAGAGAAAGAUUUAUUUCUGCCAUAUUUUCAAUAAUGGAUUUUCAUUUGCCCCACGGUCAAAUUUUAAAAUAUUAAUUCUGAUUUAUUUACUGAUCUAGGUAAAAUUUGCAUUUAAUCUUAGAAUUAUGCCAUUUUUGUUAGUAGUGCUGAGAUUUAGAGAACGUAUUGUACGGUGUCUUGCAAACAAUAGAAAUAGAAAGGUUUAGCAUGCAUACCAAUAUAGGAUAUUAGGCAAUAUUUAAGCACACCUAAUUAACAAAUUAACAGUAAAGGUAUUGCAGCUGGAAUGAAGAAAUUGGAAUAUGUUUCUUUCUUUUUUUCUAUUGUUACAUAAUUGCCAUGUGGACUUGUUUAUAAUUAAUGCAUAGAGUGGCAUUUAAGAUUUACCUGUAGCAAAAAUUACUUUAAUUGCUAUAUUUUAGUUAGCAUGUUAAUUACUUGUGUAGACAUUUUGGCACACCAUCACUUUUACAUAUAUCAGACCAAUGGUUUAGCGCCCAUAAUAAAAAUGGAGACUCUUGUUAAAUAACACAUAAUGCUAUCUUUACUUUCAACAGUGAAUUAACUGAUUUAAUGUUAUAAUAGUCAUUGAAAAGCAAAACUGUUGGAUUCGUUCCAUUUAAUUUAUAAACACUAAAUAAAAACUUUAAUGUUGACCUUACAUAAUAUUUCAAGUACAAUGCAUUUUCUUUUUUACUGUUUAUGUAUAGUUUAAAAAUAAAAAAAAAUCUUAUAACCAAAGUAAAUUGUUCUUAAUGAUUUUCCUUGGGCAUAUAUAUGGUAACAUGAAUGUUUUUAAACAUACUUCUCAGUUUUUAAGAUAGAGAUAUUACUACCUUGGGAAGGGUUUCUGGGUCUUAUUUUUCUUAUUGAAUGUUGUAUUUUCAGGUAUGAUAAAAUUAUUUUUUUUGCUUUGCCUUAAUUUCAUGUUUUCCUAAUUUGUGAAGUAAAUCAUUUUCAUCCUUGAAGGGAUAGCAUCUUUUAAAACCAUUUCUGUCAUAUGGUACAUAAUUUCUUUAUCUAAAACUCUAGGAAUAGCGUCUUUGUAAAGUAUUUAGAUAGCACUAUCUAUUUAAUGAAUUGAACAUUUCUAUUUUAUUGAAGUAUAGCUAGUGAAUUGGUUGGGGAAAGACCAAAAGACAAAUUCUAUACAAAAAUUUAACAAAUUAAUUUAGAGUAAUGGAUAUAGUAGCCUUGAAGUUAAGCAGUUUUUGAAAAUUUCACUUUCAAUAUUCCCAGCAAAGGAACCAACUCAAUAGCAAAUAUUAAACUGAAAAUGUAAAAAUAAUGCAUUUUAUAUAAACUAUUUAUGUACAACGUAUUUGUAUGUUUGUAUAUGAAUUGUAUUUGUGAUAUAUUUUAGGCCACUUGAUCAUAUUUUAAUUCAUUUUUGGAUAUUUUCAGUCAGUGAAAUUUUAUUUCAGCAUUUUUUAACAGUAAAUAUGAAGAUUGGGCAUCUGUAGUAAACCAGUUACUACUUAGGGCACAAGAGGCUCAUUAGUGAACAAUGUAAACAUGAUGUUAAUGCAAAAUAGAAGAUAUUUUCCAAAUCCAAACAAAAUGCAGUUUCAUGUUUCAUUGAAAUAAAUCAAAGAUAUUUCCUCUAUUUAAUUUAAAUGAAUAUUGAAGUGUUUUGAAAUUCUAUGUCUUUAACAAAAAUCUUCAAGUAUUGUUUUAAUUAAAAAUAAUUCAAUUAUCCUAAUAUUUUUCCUCUUUACAUUGAAUUUUGAUUCAUAGACAUGAAAUCACACUAACAGGCUUCAUUUCUGUAGUUUUAAUUUGAAAAGAUACAUGCAAGUGAAGAAUUAAACAACAUUCUGGAUCACAGAAAAUUAUAAUUAGAGCAGUGGAGAAAAGAGUAAAUUAUAUACAUAAAACACACACUGUUUCUGAUGCAUCACAAUAUGUUACAUAAAUUUAUGAAUGCUUUAUUUUGUGCAUAUUAGCAUAACCAUUUGAGUAUGCUGCAGAGCAUGAUGGAAGAAAUAAACUACAUUUAAAAUGAACAUAAAGCAUUAUAAUUUUGAUCAAAAUGAUAUGUGGCCUGAAGUAAACUCUGUGUUACUGCCAAUAAUGUACUACAAUAAAAUUAAUCUAUUCAUUAAGAACAGCCUAAAUAAUUAAUAAAACAGCUGCCAAAUGUACUUUAUUUUCUAUAUAUACUCUAUUUAUAUAAAGCUAAAAAGUAUGUGAAAACAACACAUAAGGAUCAAUCCUGCUGAGAGUUUAUUUAGAAAGGGUUUAGAGAAAAAUAUAAAUAUUUGUUUCAUAUGAAAUAUUUUGAUGACUUCUUUCAUGUAAAAGAAAUGAUGCUUCAGUUUCUGAAAUAAGUAAUCCAGGUCUUUCUACAUAAACCAGUUUUCAAGAUGUACUAAUUGGGGGAAAAGUGUAUAACUGAAUGAAAUCAGCAGAACAAGUUUUGGUAAUGUUUGUUUUGCCUGAUACAUGUGUACAUGCAUCCAUGUACAUACAUGACAACUUUAAUUUUGGGCUUCCAACUUAAAAAAUUGAGUUGGUCACAUUAAUAUCUCCUUUCCUUUGUUUAUAAUGAAUUAUCUGAGCAAUCAUAGCAUAGAUUGCCCAAAUGAAGUGAGAAAACUCAAAAAUUUAGAAUAUUGAAUGUGGUAUAAAGUUAUAAAUAAAUGAAGAGACCCUGUAGCAAACUUUUUUCAACAUUGUUUUAAACCUAAUAACUAAUAUCAAGGUGGAAGUAAUGAGAGAAAACAUUUUAAUUCAUUGCACACAUUUUUAUAUGAAAUAAUACCAUAUUUUCUCCCUUGACAUAAAAAUUAUUUCACUAAUUGUAUAACUUGGUCUCAUAAAGCUUUUUCAAUGAUUGUGUCAGUGAACAAUUUCAUGGCAAUCUCAGCUUUAGAUACAUGAGAUUGUGUCUCAGAGUUUCUUGGGAAAUUCAAUCUGAAAGAAUCUUUUCACAUAAAUUUUUUUUUCUGUUCAGUUAUGUAUUAUUUCUUCAAUUUUUGUGUUAACUGAUACUUCACAUAAUAAUUUCAUGUACCUUAAUAAAAAAUCUUAGCUAGUAAAAUUAAGAAAAAUCAGUUCAUAAUAAAACAAGAUUAAGGUAACACACAAACAAUUAGACGAAAAAUUAAAUGAAAAGAUGAGAAAAACAUUCCAUAAGCAGUGUGAAUGCUCAUUAGACACAUAUUCAACAGACACAGAUGCAAGGACAUCCUUAAAGAAUUUAUUUUUAAUAUAUAUUUAUUAAUUGUCAUAAUGAUCUUCAGUAGCACAAGCAUAUAUUUGAACUUAGAGUCUAUAGAUCUUAUCUUUUGCAUGUAUGUAACAUAGCUUAAUUUAUUAUUCCUAGAGGAUUUGUUUGACGGCUACAUGGAACAAAAAUUGAAACUCAGUUCAUUAUGUCUCUCAUCUAGUGGGGAUUCAUGAAAUCUUAAUUUUAUUCAACACUUUAAAAAUAAAUCAGCAAUAGUUGUCUUAGUUGUCUUAUUAAACUCAAGAUAUGGUGCCCAAUUUAUCUUCUCUUUUUAGAGCUUUGUUGACAUUUAUCCACAGAUAUAAUAAUAAUAAUAAUAAUGCUUUCAUAUUCUAAAUAAGUAUAAUAAAUAAUACUCAUAUUGUAAGGUCAAUAGAAAGAUAAAAUAAAUUAUUGUGCUCCUGGUGUCUGGAAUACAAUAAAUAGGAAAUAAAUGCAGUUUUUAGUUUUGUUGGCUCAUAGUGCAGUAAAAUCACAUUAAGAAAUUGAAACCUAAAUAUCUUAGUAAGUUUCCCCAAAUUUUCUUAAUUUAGGAUUAGGUCUAGUUCAAGAGUGCUAUUGACCAGUGUUUGUAUAUACUUGCUACAAGUUUCAUACAUUAAAUUCACCCUGGCAUUAUUUUUCCUAUAUUAGAAAUAAGGAAUCAUAUAAAUCAUGUGUUAUCAUCCUUCCCAGUUCCUUCUUGGUGCAUAAAACAUUUUCCUUCUGUUCACAGUCAAGUUGAAGCAAUGUAACUGAGCUAAAGUAACCAGGAUUGUGCUCAACAGUGCAGAGGUCAUAACCCUCACCCAUUACAAGUGAUAGGGAUCACCAGGUGACAGAGCCAUGACUUUAUCCCUUGCCUCCCAUUCUCCUGAUCAUUUCACUACUGUCAGGCUGAUAUAGGGGAAAGAAACUCCUAACCUGCUAGAGGUCUGGUGAAAGAUUCUUGCCUUAGUAGAAAUUAUGGCAAUGGUCUAAUGUGGUGGAAGACCAAGGCAAGAUCACCUACCACAUCUUGCUUUUUCCUCAUCCUUAAUUGCAACAGGAAGGGUCCUGUUUGUGUGCAAAGAAAAUUCCAGUCAGUUCUUUGCAUGCCCACCCUAAGCGCCACCCUGGUCAGAGGUUAUAUAUAUAGAUCCCAUACCCCACAUCCAGCAGAGGAAGCCAGGCUGCCAGUGGUCAAGGAGUUCUCUCCACAUCCUUGUAAUAAAGGCCAUCUUACUUUAUAUUCUCUCGUUACGCUGAAAAUUUUCAUAAUGGUGCCAUGACUCGCAUGGCAGAGUGAGCUGGCUCCUGGGAAUACUCCCCAGUUUGAGCCCCCUGCCUAAGAACCACUUUUGUUCCUCAGGGACUGUUCACUGGCACUGCUAAUCCUCAUGCAACAGUGACCUUCCUCACUUCACACAGGUGAGCUGCCAUCUGGGAUUUCUGUUUCCGUUGCUUAGGAAGCUUGGGGCAGAAAACAUACCCUGCCAUCCCAGAACAGGGAUACCAGUUUUCAUGUUCCUUAGGCUGUAUGGCUUGAGGCAAAACUGAUAUUUUUGUUCCCUGGGAGCCCGUCCCACACUCUUCCAGUGAUUGGCCAAGGAGAAUGGGUGUUGGGACUUUCCAUGACACACUUCCAAAAUAAGUGACUAUCUCUUUUGUUAAGUGUGACCCAGGACAGCUUCCAUGUUCCUUGGGAGAGAGCUAAAGCUCUUAUAUCCUGAGGAGAAGUUGUUCUCUCAGCUCAUUUAUAAUUUGGUCAUGGGGAUCACUUCCUGUCCCCUGUAAAACAACCUUGGGACACCUGGUUCAUAACCGUGCUGCUCUUGGCCUCUAGAAGGCUAUAAAAACCAAAAAGCUGAUCUUUUAUUUAUGUUUUUGUCACAAAGGUGGCAAGCUGGCAGAAAUCCUUCAUCUUUAGGCGUAUUUCACUUUGAGGAUGUGUUCUUCUCUUGCUCUGUCUAGUAUAAUGGCCCAAAUACUUCUGGCUCGCUCUGCUCCACCAGGAUCUAUCCCUCCCUCCUCACCGAACCCCUUUAGAUGAUACAUCUCCUGUCUUUAUGGCUCCUCCCUGUAUCUCUCAUACCAAACCCCAUAGACUUCUCAGCCAGAGGUUUCUGUGCCCCCUGCACUGUCCUCUCCCCCUUUCUCACCCACAGUGGCCUCUAAUCCUUCCCUUAGUGUCUAUCCCUAGUCUCCAACUUCCACCCCCCCUUGAGCUGUCUGUUCCAUCUGAGGGUUCUUUGUCCACUUCCCCUGUGUCACCAUUUUCUCCAACAGCUCACUAUACAUGGUCUCUGAUGUUCCCACCUUCUGGCAGGCCACAUGAUUGUCAGCAGCCAUAUUGCUGCAGCUCACUUGGAGGGAAGCCACCAUCUUGUGGCCAUCCACCAUGUGGCAGGGUGCUGCCAUCUUGCGAUGGGUCUCACCGUCAAUGGCCGCCCCCUUGUGGUUCCUCAUGUGAUCAGCAGCAGGCAUCCUGCUGAGGGUCACAUGAUGACCAGCCACCACCUUGUGCCCCUUCACUGUGUUACCAGCAGCCACUAGGCUGCUGUGGGUCACACAGUGACCCAUCAACAGCCUGCAUUUCCUUGUCACAUGGUGACAAGUGGCUGUUUUGUAGCCAAUCAUUGGGUAAUUGCCCACACAUGUGGCCAUCUACUCCACACCUUCUCAGCUUUGAUCUCUACUCCCACUUCAAAAACAGGCUGUCCCCAAGGAUGCAUAUACCUUUCUCCCUCUCUGAGCUAUCUCAGAUUAGCCAUAAUUUAGGAUCCUUUUCUGCUACUCUUAUUUCAAGAGAUGUCUAUUAAUUGAUCUACAAAAAGUUUCACACCAGUCUAUUUAUUAUAGUUCAAAUUUGCCAAAUAUAUUUGAGUACACUCUGAUUUUAUAACAUUUUUCAGUUCAUAUAUCUGUUGUCUGUCCAUUUGCCUGCUCUGCAAACAUAUGUUUCUUUCUAUUUGAGCUCAACAAUUUUUUUCUUCCUCUUUUACAUUUUCAGAUCAUUUAAUCAAGGUUUAUUUGGGUUAUAGAUUUUAAAAAUAUGCUUCCACCUAGGUUGCCAGCUGGUCAAAAUGAUGCUAAAAUUGGUUAAACAAAAUCCUUUGGGGUGAGGAGACAUUAGACAAGACUUCAACUGAUAAACAAGAAAGUGGUCACCUGGUAACUUUAACCAGCUCUUGUUCAUUAAUUGGAGGCUCCAAUAAUUUCCAUAGCCUUAUGAGAGGCACCUCAACUAAAGUUCAUAUGACUAAGACAAUUCAUUGUUGUUGAUCUGAUGGUAUAUUCAUUCCUUCAAAUAUAAAAUUGAGAUUAUUUAUGAUGACAAGUGUUUUCUUUUAGAUCCAGAUGUCUACAUUUUUCUUGUGCUCCAGUGAGGAGAUUCAGGUCAGACCAACAUGAGGUCACCAGUCAAAUGAUAAUUUUUAAACAAAAACUUAUGUAAUGCAUAUAUGAUACUUAGAGAUGCUUAAAUAGUGAGCAGUCCAAACAAUGUCACAAAUUUCUUCAGUGCUCAAAUAGUAAAACACCCAUGGUUAAUAAAAAAAUAAUAGUUCUAUUUAAUGUUCUAUGUUAAGCUUACUGCCUCUACUGCAUUGUAUUGUCAUCAAUAUUCUAGAUGUUGAACAACUAAAAUUAAGUGAUUAAUUAUAAAUUCCUUUUGCUGGGAUCCUCCAGGUCUUUUUCAGAAAAAAAAGGUUAUAUGAUACAUAUUGGGGCUAUAAUUAACUACUCAACUGGUGUGAAAUUACACUGUAACUGAUCUCUCUCCUAAAUAAAAAGGUAAAAUUAAUAAAACAGGCCAUCCUCCAAAAAUCAAAUGGCAUUAGACACUCUAACAACAUAAGAGAUACUUAUACAAUUGUAAAACCUAAAUGUGUGUAUGACAAAUAAAUGACAUGUCAGUUUCUAGAA